CAUCUUCGUCUUCCUUCUCCCACGACCUCACGAUCUUCUCACUGCUCCCUUUCCCCCCAUCUUUUUAUACCUUCUCUAUUCUCUAUAUAUAAAUAUAUUCCGCUCUUAAUAUUAUUAUUCCAUUCCAGCGCACCUAACAAAACUAUUAAAAAAAAAGGGACAGGAAAAAAAAAAAAAGAGGGAGGAAACAAACAGAGAUCGAUCCAGUUUUUUUUUUUUUCGCUCACCCCGACAACGAUUCAGGUCCUGCUGCUUGGCAUGAAGGCCAAGGGCCUUUUUUAGGGAGUUUACAACUAUGAAUUUUUUGAGCAAUGUAUAGCGGCUCUUAUUUGCAACCUUCUGAUUCUAGAGUUGGCAAAUCAUGGCAAAACUUGCGGGUCUUGGGCGCAGUGGAUUUCUUAGGCACUCAAAUGAAAGUUUGAGACUUAUCAUAAUGACAAUCAUUGGAGUUGUAGUCGGCGUUUUGAUUGGUAUUUCUUUCCCUGCAGUCAGCAUAACCAAGCUCCACUUUCCUUCCAGCAUUAUUUCAUACAUAGAAGAUAAAAACUCUGGCAUCACAACCCAAGCGCUAUUGAAUCAUGCUUGGACUUCCGCCAGUCAAAACAAAAACAAGCCGUCAAGUUCAGAGAGUGCAAAGAUUUUUGUUCCUACAAAUCCUCGAGGUGCAGAAAGAUUAGCACCAGGCAUCAUUGUUCCAGAAUCUGAUUUUUAUCUUCGCAGGUUGUGGGGCAAUCCAAGUGAGGACCUGCCUAUAAAACAGAAAUACCUUGUCACAUUCACGGUUGGACUUGGUCAGAAACGUAAUAUUGAUGCUGCAGUCAAAAAGUUCUCUGAAAAUUUUACUAUCUUGUUGUUCCAUUAUGAUGGGCGGACUAGUGAAUGGGAUGAUUUGGAGUGGUCAAAGCGAGCUAUUCAUGUAAGCGUCAGGAAGCAGACUAAAUGGUGGUAUGCUAAAAGGUUUUUGCACCCAGACAUUGUGGCUCCAUAUGAGUACAUAUUUAUCUGGGAUGAAGAUCUAGGAGUUGAGCACUUUGAUGCUGAAAAGUACAUUGCACUGGUGAAGAAACAUGGAUUAGAGAUCUCGCAGCCUGGUUUGGAACCAAAUAAAGGAUUAACGUGGCAAAUGACUAAGAGAAGAGGUGAUCGUGAAGUCCACAAAGAAACAGAAGAGAAGCCAGGCUGGUGCAGUGACCCCCAUCUCCCACCAUGCGCUGCCUUUGUGGAGAUAAUGGCUCCUGUUUUCUCACGAGAUGCUUGGCGAUGCGUUUGGCAUAUGAUUCAGAAUGAUUUAAUUCAUGGAUGGGGUCUUGAUUUUGCUCUCAGAAAAUGUGUGGACCCGGCUCAUGAGAAAAUAGGAGUUGUUGAUUCACAGUGGAUCAUUCAUCAGGUGGUUCCUUCACUCGGGAACCAGGGCCAGGCUGAGAAGGGAAAAGCACCAUGGGAAGGGGUAAGGGACAGGUGCCGCAAAGAGUGGACUAUGUUUCAGGAUCGAAUGUCAGACGCAGAGAAGGCAUACUAUAAGUUGAUGGGGAUUACUGCCCCAAACACAACACAUGCUUAGAGUUCAGUCUCCUGUUUGUUUUUGAGCUUCGCCUGUUGUAUUUAAAAAUCAUCGGAUAGUUAUUAAGAUGGCUGAUGCCGCCGCUAGCGCUUCUAAAAUUUUCAUGGUUCUUUAUUUUGUACUUAAAUUGAUUAUGGAACAGGUGGUUUAGUCCCAUCUUUUCGGUAGAAGGUAUAGCAAAAGGUUUUUGUUUACAGUUUACGCGACACUUUUAGAUGGUUUUCAGGUUCAGUUCUUGGUUUUCCU